CGCAGUGUCAGCGUUGCUCUCUUCUCCGAGUUGGAAGAACUCGCCCGCAUCGUCGACAUCUCCUACUGCGUUGGACUGAUCAGCGCAGGCAUUUCCAAACCCUUCAGCUGUCUCUCCCGAUGUUCCGACUUUCCACAAUUUGAGCUGGUCACGACGUGGAAUACUGGACCACUAUUGUCGGACUCGUGCGGAUACAUCGCUCUCGAUCAUGGCAAGCAGCGAAUCAUCGUCGCCUUCCGUGGGACAUAUAGCAUCGCCAACACCAUCAUCGACUUGAGCACCAUUCCGCAGAAAUAUGUCCCUUACCCGGGCGAUGACGGCGAUGGCGACGUGACCAUCACUGGCGCCAAGUGUACGAACUGCAGCGUACACAUGGGCUUUUACUCCUCCUGGGUCAAUACUCGCCGAUCUAUCCUCCCGGACCUCCAACAGCAGAUCUUUCUCUAUCCGCACUACGCCCUCCAUCUAGUAGGCCACUCUCUCGGCGGCGCAGUCGCAGCACUGGCCGGACUGGAUCUCGUGGCUCGAGGAUGGGAGCCAACGGUCACCUCCUUUGGUGAGCCGCGGGUCGGCAAUACGCAUCUGGUGGAUUACAUCGACGAGACAUUUAAGAUCGGCUCAAACCAGUCAGUGCCUGAAAACGACACUGAGCUCAAAUACCGCCGUGUCACUCAUGUCGACGAUCCGGUCCCUCUCCUACCGUUAACAGAAUGGGGCUACGCUAUGCACGCCGGCGAGAUCUACAUCUCCAAGUCGUCCCUCUCGCCCAAUGUCGCAGAUCUACAGCACUGCUCAGGCGAUAACGAUGUCGAAUGUAUCGCUGGACAGGACUCCAGUACCUCGAAAGGCCAGUCCGCAAAACGAGACCUCUUGAAAUCAGUCCGCAACGAGAUUGAGGAUGUCAGGACGGAGAGCUGGGGCAUUCCUUCGAGGUACAAACUGUGGGAAUUGUUCUUUGCACAUCGAGACUACUUUUGGAGAUUGGGGGUAUGCUUGCCUGGAGGUGAUCCGCUAGGGCCUGGGAAG